UGACGUGCAUGAACGCCCGCUCUCCCUCAUUCCUCGAUAUUCCCUUCAUUGUUGACAAUUCCCUGAUUAUUUCCUCGUUCGUUAUCCAAACGAUUCACCUCCAACAACGUAAAACCGAUAAUUGCCGUUGAAUUAUCAGCAACAGCGUGUUAAUUAAUUUAACGAGAUUUCAUUCUCAUCGGCGCUGAGACAUCGACAAAUACGGGCUUCAGUGCAACUGAUUUUAACCGCCAUCUCCAUGUCAUACGAUUUCGGAGGCUUUGAUAGGUGACUGCCGAGGGUGACUGGUGUCAAGCGUGUACUCAUUGAAAGCAACAUUACGCCUAAACGAGCAAAAAUGAGCGACGAGCAGACGACCAUGGAACCACCUCAAGUUCCCGAGUUAUCGUCAAAUGCCAUUGAGAAGCUGGAGGAGGCGAAACUCAAGGCCAAAUUUCCAAAUGCAGGGGGUCGGCCAAUCAGUGGACACUCGGCGUUCCUCCAGAAAAGACUGGCCAAGGGGCAAAAAUUCUUCGAUUCAGGUGACUACCAAAUGGCAAAGCAAAAAUCCACAGCAAAACCAAAACCCCCAGGGCCACUGGGUGUUUGCUCCACUGGUGAUGCCAUUCCAACUCCAGAGACAGUCCCCCAGCGUAAAACAUCGAUAAUCCAACAGAAAUUCAACACAUCGACUACUUCGUAAAACAUCAGCACUGAUGAUUAUCAUCGUGAGGACAAUUUAUUAUGAUUCGAUAGUUAAUUCGAUAUAUAUCCGAGAUAAUUCAAGAAUGCUCGAUCGAACGCCUGAACCACAUGAGAAGUAGAGCGAAUCGAUUUCUAAUUAUUGGUAAUCAAUUGGUCGUGGAACACGAUUUCAACAAAUUAAUUGUAUUUAUACGUCGCAUAUUCAUGUCCACGAAUGAGAGGAUCUUUUUUUUAUUGUAAUGUAAUUAAGUAAUUAAUUUUGUUCCUCAGUGAGAGUAGGAAAAUGCUGGACGUUAGAAUUAAUCCAGUGGUUGAAAGUGUACUUGUAAAAUUUUUAAAUACUAAAUAAUUAUUUUCCCCUCAUGAGUGUUUCCCCAAUAUUUUACAUCAGUCAUCUAGAAUAACAAUCAUUGAUUCGGUCGAAUUAUUUUUCUCUGCUGACAGAAUGAAUUAUUCAAACAAAUUGAAAAUAGAAAAUUAAUAGAUCUGCAUUUUACCAAUCGCUGUGAUUUGCUUAGAAUAUUUUUCUUGUUGAAAAAAAACGAGUCAGAUUGUUGUUAAAAUCUGUAUCAUCUAGCCACUAACAUAAGAAUACAAAAAAAGGAGUGGAAAAUGCAGCCUGAGAUACUGUAAAAAUGAAUAAAAUCAACUGAACAAAAAUUUUAGUAAUAUACACCGAAUAAUUGAAGAAGAAAUAAUGCACUCUUUUCUCCCAACAUCUGUCUCCCCCUCAAAAUUCAUAUUUAUUUUUAUAUGAGAAAUUAGCCAGUUGAGGUCUCAGCAAAUGGCUCGUGUAAUGAAUAAAUGAUUAAGAAAGAAAA